GGAAUCUUGUUUAUAAAUUCCAGGACGUUGUCGGAGUCGAAAUUAAAAAUGAGUGUGAAAAUAAAAAAGACACGCAAUAAGGCACGGUAAAGUUUCCGCGGUUAAUGCUUUUCAUUGCUUUCAGAGCGAGAGCCGGAGUCUGAUUUUACCCGGAGUUGAAAACCGGUUUUAGAUGUGAAAUAUUUGUCAACACGCGGAAAUCGAACCAAAUUCGGUGUUUUAGGUUAUGUGAAACCUUUUCCGAUUCAACAGCAUUGAUUUUUUGUCGAAAUCCAACUUAUUUUUCAAAUUAUAAAAGUAAGCAGUUAGUGCCAGCGAAAAUUUGUGCAUGUGCGGCAAUCUAACACGUUUUUGUAGAAGUUAUUUCCACUACUAUAUUAUUUACAUAAAAUUGAAACAAAAUGAUGAGUACGAAAAACCAUUAUUUGUUCAAACCACAUGUGAUAAAGAAUCAGACUCAAACUGAUAAUCGAGAAAUUCAAUAUUAACCACUAAUUCUCAUAAUUUCUAUUCACAAAAUUAAAAUAUCAUUGUUUUCACACAAAACGGAAAUUUACAAGAGUUACAAAUUCCGACGGCGCCAAUGCUUGCGGUUUUGAAACUUUUUAAAAAUCAAAUUUAAAUUAUCACUUUACCUUAUUUCACUUAAAAUUACACGUAAGCCCUUAUUUGGUAUCACGCGUACACGAUUAUAAGACGUAAAAUUGCGUCCGACGGACGUUUUAAAAAUAAAUAAGAAUGGAGAAAAAAGUUGACAGCUGGACCAUCGCGAGAAAACUAUAAAAGCAGACAGUGAACGAAAUUUAUUCAUAACAAUCUCCGAUAUUGGAAAGUAACACUCGAAGAAGAAUUUUGGAAAAAAGAGACAAAAUGGGAAUUUUCAAUUUCGCUAUUAUCUGCUUAUUGCUGUGUUUUUCGCUGGGAAAUUCGCUGAAAUGUUACACGCAAAAAGGUUGUCAAGAUGAGAAUCCAAAAACACCAAGAAAUAGAUAUCACUAUUGGCUAACUAUAAACAACGAAGAAGGACAAUGUGCAAUGUGUUUUUGUUCAAAAGCUAAAAGAUAUACGACAUCUUGUAUCGUCGUCGAUGAUGACGUCAUGUUAAGUGACGUCAAGAAGUCAGGUUUAUUGAAACGAUUGAAAACUGAUGAAAACGACGAAGAAACUCAAGCAGAAGAUCUUAAAAUGGUCAUCAAGGACGAAGAAAUGUUGUUAUCUCCAGAAAAAGCAAAAUCGAUCGAAUGCGGAGACACUCCAAGUCUCAUUCAAGACCCUGAAACUGGGGAAUUCAAAUAUCCACCGAUGAAAUAUGUGCAUUACUACUACAUAGAAAAAGUGUCGCAUUGCUGUGGAAAUUCUAUUUCUGUCGAUAAACUUCAACCGUCUUGCGAAGUACGAUACAACAGCCGUUGCGAAGCCAGAAUUGUUCAGAAAAAUCAUCGCAAUAGACUUUGUGGAAUGAAUUUCAUGUCGAAAUCUUCUGAAAUUUCUGCAAAGAAAAGAAUUUAACUUUAAAAAACUUUCAGCCCAACCACUGUGAAAAAUUUUGUCAGGUUCAUGAAGUCAUUGUGAUAUAUUAUUGUUUUUUUAAACAUGGGCCAUAACUGGAAAGCUGCAACUGUAUAUUCUGGAAAAAAUGAAUGUUGUCCAUUAUUAGUUGCAGCCGAUUUCACUUCGCUUUAGAAUAAAUAAUCAAGAAUAAUUUUUAAAGUUGAAAUGGCAAUAUCACAACCUGAAACCUGAAUAAUUAUUCUAAUUAAAUUCCUCAUUAAUUAUUUAUGUCAAUUAUUCAUUACUAUUAUUUUUCCACUGUGAAUUCAUUUAAUUUAUACCAGCAAUAUAAAGUUAUCUUAUUUGAAAAUUUUG